AACCUGGGCACGGGCGCCGGCAAGGGCGAGCUGGAGAGAGCCUUCAGCUACUACGGGCCGCUGCGCACCGUGUGGAUCGCGAGGAACCCGCCGGGGUUCGCCUUCGUGGAGUUCGAGGACCCGAGGGAUGCCGAGGAUGCAGUGCUUGGACUCGAUGGAAAGAUAAUAUGUGGCUCCAGGGUUAGAGUGGAAGUGUCAACAGGGAUGCCCCGUCGCUCCCGUUAUGACAGGCCUCCGGCACGGCGCCCUUUUGACCCCAAUGACAGAUGCUAUGAGUGUGGCGAGAAAGGCCACUAUGCUUAUGAUUGCCAUCGCUAUAGUCGCCGAAGGAGGAGCAGGUCCCGGUCUCGAUCCCGGUCAAGGUCCCGAGGAAGAAGGUAUUCUCGGUCACGCAGCCGUAGUCGUGGUAGGAGGUCAAGAUCAGCUUCUUAUCGCAGGUCCAGGUCCAUCUCUCCUCGUAGGUAUAGAUCAUUUUCACCCCGCAGAUCACGAUCUGGUUCUUUGAGGAGAUCAAGGUCUAGGUCCAGGUCACGCUCAAGAUCCCGGUCUGUUGUCUGGCCCCGAAGCAGGUCUGGGUCCCAUGGUAGAUCUAAAUCUGGCUUACCUGCUAAAAGUCGCUCAAAGUCCAGAUCACCAUCUCCAAAGAGAAGUCAUUCACCAUCAGGAAGCCCUUGAAAGGAGUGCAUGUCCUGAGAGAAUGGAUUCAAAUUAAAAAAGUUAAAGUUUAAAAAGAAUUUAUUUUGUUUACAUUAUUAUAAGGGAUUUUGUGGUGUCUUUAUUAAUGUAAGGGCUUAGUCCUAGAAGGCUGUUUCUAUCAACUAACAAUUGGCAUGACUCUGGAUCUUUUAAGUCUUAUUAGUAGACUAAUGCAAAAUUCUUGUGUUAACGUUCUGUGAUCUGGAAAUGUUGGGCUUUUUUAUUGGCACAUUGAAAUAAACUGUAUUUCUAACGAAGAACUA